AUGCUUUUCACCUCCAGCUCCAGGCUUUUCUUGGCCAGUUUCGCCCUCACGUGGGCUGUCUCGACUGCCGAGCCGAUCUGGAGACGAGACGACAGCUGCAAGGAUGUUCAUAUCUUCCUCGCAAAAGGAAACAAUGAGCCUUACCCAGGACGACAAGGAAAACUGGCCGGUGCCAUCUGUUACGGACUCGACAGCUGUGACUACGAAGAUAUCCAAUACUACAACCCCGUAGAGGCCGAUUACUGCGCCUCCGUGACCGAAGGUGCACAGAAUGGCUUGUCCCAGGUGACGGCCUAUGCCGCGCGCUGCCCGGAUGCGAAGCUCGUUCUCAGCGGAUACUCGCAGGGUGCUCAGAUUGUGGGUGACGUUCUUGGUGGAGGAGGCGGUGUCUUUUUCAACAACUGUACUCAACCAGUCAAUGCAGCUCUGGACCCGACCACGAGUCCAGGAAACAAGAUUGUGGCAGCAUUGGUGUUCGGUGAUACUCGCCAUGUGGCCGGACAGCCGUAUAAUGUGGAAUCUGGAGCUGGCGCAACCGGCCUUUUCCCUCGGUCCGCUGAACAACUCACCACGCUCAACCGCUUUUCAAGCGUGCUCCGAUCGUACUGCGUGGCUACCGACCCGAUCUGUGCGGCUAGCUAUGGCUCCGAGGAUGCCACUACCCAUCUGACAUACUUUGACGUCUACACCGAUGCUGCGGCGGGAUGGGUCAAGGAAAUGGUUAACAAGGCCCAAGAGCAGAGUUCAACAACGACAACGUCUACCACAUCCUCCGCGACCACGCAAUCGACCACACAAUCAAUCACCACCACCAUCAAUACCAGCAACAGCAACACCACCAGCAGCAGCGCCGUCCCUACCAGUUAUAGCUCCGCUCCGUUUGGCAACUCAACUACCAACUCGACAAGCAGCGGCGUCAGCAGUUCGACCAAAGCCACCACAGCUUCUCUGAGCACUUCAGCAGUGGCAAGCUCGACAGCGUCUACCACGUCCGCUGGUGCAGGCAGCACGACUUCGAGCAGUCAAACUGCCCCUGCGACGAUCGCCCCAGUUAACGGUGCGACCCGCGCCCAAGGCUAUACAGGAGUAAUCCUGUCCGUCAUGGGCUUUUUGGCCUUCGCAUUGUAA